CCAGGGCUGGAGCUGCUGUGCCGGAAUGCUGCCCCCCCGGGAGAAGGCGGGGGGGUGCCAGGAGAGACCCCCCCGGCAGUGCUGGGGGGUGCUGGCCGAGAGGAACCCCAUCGUAGCCCCCGUGGGCGCCUGGGUGGAGAGUGGUCCCGGAGGUCCCCAGGAGAGCCUGGCCUUUGCAGCAGCCUUCCAGGUGGAGGAGGAGCUGAAGGAGAAGCAGCAGGAGAAGGCAGCCAGCCUGAGGCGCUUCCAGGGGGAGGUGAAGCAGCGAGUGAACCGGCAGGUCGGGAUGCGACGGAAGCAGCAGCUGGAGAAGUCCUGCGAAGCGGUUGAGAGGGAGAGCUGCCUGGCCGUGAGGUGCUGGGACUCGGCGCUGCGUCUGACCCCCAAGAAGAGCACGUCCCUGUUCUGCAGCCGUCCCGCGCCUGCCAUCCGCUGUCCCAGCGCACCCACCGCCCCGGCACCGCGCCAGGGGGGGCACAGUGAGCCCUUCCAGCAGCAAGCCAACACGCUCAACAGAACCAUGAAGCAAGUCCGGCGCAGGCUGGCAUCCUGCAGGACCCUGCCCCAAGGAGCGGGUGCCCCCGAGCUCCCCGGUGGCAUCUGGAGGCGAGAGAAACCAGAAUCUUGCAAGACGGCCACGGUGCCUGCAGAAGAUGAGAGUGAGGAACUGCUUCUAGCAGGACAUCAUGAUCUUCCAGCUGAGCUGCAAGACCAAGGGAUGGCCCCGCACCCGGCACAGCAAGAUGAUGACUUCUACAUCAAAAUCAAAUUUGAAAAAUUCUGUGAUGGAUCGGUGAAGGACUCGAGCUUAUCCGAACCUCCCCAGAGGCUGCAUACCCAUCAUCAAGCUCCCAUUGUUCUCUGGGCUGGUGUAGACCAAGAGGAAACCAAGAAACAGCAUCAGACCCAGUACCUGAGGAACAGGCGCCUCUUCAUGAACAUCGAGCGGGAGCAAGUGAAGGAACAGCUCAGGCGGAGAGAGAGGCAGAAGAGAAUCACCGAGAUUAAGAGCAAGAAGGAGAAGCAGCGCCGGGCGGAAGAGCGGAGGAUGCAGGAGGAGGCUGAGCAGCAAGAACUCCCCCUGGGAGAGGAGACCUGCAGAUCCCUGGCUCAGCUUAAACUGGAGGAGAGGAGAGUGAGGAAGGUUGAGGAUAAACCCCAACGAAAUAAGGAGCAGGCGAGGUACAUCGAUGCCCUGAGAGCCCAGAUGAGGGAGAAGAUAAAACUGUAUAACAUUGACUUGCCCCCGCUGUGUUCCUGUGGGUCUGAUUUCUGGGAUUCCCACCCGGAUACCUGUGCCAACAACUGUGUCUUCUACAAAAACCCCAAAGCCUACAGCCAGGCGCUGCAGUCCGUCCUCUCCUCCUGCGUCCCCGUGGACAGGAGCCCCUUGGUGCUGCCGUCGCUCCGGGACCUGGCCGUGCUCUUUGCUUGCUCGGGGAAGCGGCUGUGAGGAGGGCAGCCGCCCGUUCCCCAGCCCCUCCUGUGUCUCAGGUGUGAAUGAAUCCUUCCUGGCAAGACCGUUUUUCCCAAGAUGCUACCCAAGUGCAGGGAUGCAGCUUUUCCACCCCCAAUUUAAAAUCCACAAAUCAAUCUCUCCCCUGGAAAAACGACAGUGGUGGCGUAACGUGCUCCCGGAUGGAGGUUGCACCAUGACCUGCCAUUAAUAUUUACUGCUUGCCCCCUGCCCUCCCCCCACCUCUCCAAUAUUAACCCCGGCAGGAAGGACGGGUGCCCAAGCGUGCCACAUGCUCUUUUUUUUUACCCUGUCACCAUCCCAAGCCACCUCGGUCCAGAGGUAGCAGGGAGGCGCUGAGCGGUGGCUGGGGAUGCUCCUCCGGUCCCCGUUCCCCCUGGAGAAUCAUUCACGGGGUGAUUCGUGGUGGCCAAGUGCUAUUUAUUAACCACUGUUUGCGUCAGGGGAAGGCGCUGCCCACCUAAUCAGGGGUGUUGAGGUGGAUUUGUAAAGGGCAGGAUCCGGCCCGGGAGCUUUUUGCAUGAGCCAAGGCCAGGGAAGCAAAGGGCUAAAGCUGCAAAUGUGGCUUUUUUUUUUUGAGUGAUUUGAGGGCAGUUGAGGACAAGUGUUUCCUUGGCGGGUCCCCAAGCACUUGCUGGCACCCUCGGGACACCAGUUUUCACUGUGGAGUGGCCCCCAAAGGGCCGUGGGCUGGGUUAGGGCUUAAUUCAAAGG